CAUAGCAACAACUAACAAGGAGUGCAAACACACAACAAGCACACUCGUCCUGGGUUAGAUACUAAAUGUGAAGGAGUGACACAGCUAUUGUCAGAGGUGCAACAUGCACAGAUCAUACCAGCCAUUUAAACCUGUUACCAACCGCUACUUGCAGAAACGAUGGGACCAGAAUAACUAUGAAAAUCACCGCAGCAAGGUGAAUUUUGCCCUACCUGUAGUGGACACUACGGGCAUCAGGACACCAGCUCACAUUCAGCUAAAACUAAAAAAACUCCAGCUGCAGGAUGAACGUCUGUCAGCAAUUGACAGAGAAAAUCACCUGCUGGCAUCCAACCUGGCUGGCAUUGUUUGCUCUAAAGGCCUAGUGGACCACAGGAACCAAUACCACCUGUGGAGUCUGAAUGCUAACAAAAGGAAGCAAGAACUUCUACUGAUCAGCCAUCAGAAUCAGGCCAUCUACCAACGAAUAACAUCUUGCCCAUCGGAGUAUCGCCGUCAACUGUGGUUGGAUGAUUGGGAGAAAAUGCAACGCCGGCUAGAUGACAUUUCUCGAUACCCGAAAGGGCUGGCAAAUAAACAGACAUUGCACAGGAAGGUGAAGUUUGCAGCUGUGGAGAGUAGCAAACAGUCGAAGAAAUGCAGGAGGUCUAACAUGGACAAGACCAACAGAGAAAUCUGAAACACAAAGAAAUAACCUGGAGAGACUAAAAUUGUCUCCAGAUAGAUAUCCUCAGCUAUCUAUCCUCAGCUUACUGCUUUAUUGAAAUGGGAAAUUGACCAAAAUUGGCAUGAAUGUCUCAAAAGUGCACAGAUUUCAGCUACUGCAGGGCUACUGCUAAUUCUAUAAUUUUGUAGCUUCAGAGCAUGGUAAUGAUAGUAUGUCACCAUUCAAAUUGUUUGCAUGUUAAAACGUCAGCAUGGUAAAUCAUUACAUACUAACUAACCAUGGCCUACCCAACUUAAAUAUGCUGCACAAAUGUACAAAGAAAGAUUGCUUAUUGAUGUCUGGGACAAACCUAAACUCAAAACAUGUUGUCUGAUGAAAUACAACUACAGUGUGGACCCUUAUGGGAGGCUGGAUUUAUUCAAAGUCAGAGAUCUCCAUGCACAGUUAUUUUCAGGGAAAAAUAAAAUAAAUUUUGUUCUUGCUCAUGUUUGAUAAAUAUAACACAUUAGAAUGCACAGAUGCAGUUAUGAUACAAGUGUGCUAGGUACUUGUAUGUGCAUGACACAGACACUGCAUUGUGUAGACUAUUGUAUUUGUUUUUGUAUUUUACCCAUAUUGUGAGUGUCUUCAGGCAGUUUAAGUUGGAACUCUCCUUUUAACUCUGACCACAUGAAUUUAGACUGAAUUAUUUUAACAAAUAUUCGAUGGGUUGUGAUGAAAUUGAAUGGAAUAUUCAUGCUUCCUUCAGGAUAAACUCUAAUAGCUUUGGUGACUUUUCAACUUGCACCAUCAUCAGUCCAGCAUUUUAAUUUAUCCAACAGUCUACUUUACUUUAUCACCAAACACCUCCAAAGCCAAUGACGUUGCAUUAGCCUUAGCUAUAUAUUCUGUUUACAGCUAACUAACAAUGAUGAGACACUAUAUAAAAUAUAUGAUUAUGGUAAAUGACAUUCCUUCUAAGCUUUAGCAUGUUCACAUUGUUUUUCCAGGCAUCUUAGUUUGUUAUUUCAAGAAUUUAGCUCAAAGUAUCACUUUAUCUAAGUUGCUUGCAUGGCUGACGACGAUAAAUCCCAGUGAUAUUAAUGGAGUAAUCUAUUAUAAAUAAACUUUCUAGUUUUCCCCCAACUUAAUACAAAUGAAUAAACAUUACGAAUACAAAAGAUAUCACUGUUUUACUCUUUACAACAAUUGCAAAGGUAGUGCACACUACAAUGCCCCAUGUCCUGCAGCCUCACAGUCUUGAAUGCUAGUCGAGUUUUACAAUGUUCUGUGUAUUGAUCCAUGUGCUUCAUGCUUCUUUAAAUGAAACACAUUUUUCACUCUUACUCAUUAUCACGAUUGUGGUAUUAUUAUCUUGGAAAGUUAACAUUUAAUGCAGUGUAUACACCACCUAUCUUUGUCAGUUAUCAGUAAAGUAGUUUGACUUUUUUGGUCUAUGAUUCCUUAAUAAUGCUGUCGAGGUUCUUGUUUUGAGCAUGAUGUACUUGUGAAAUCUGUCAUUAUGGACAUAGUGAGACCUGAGUCUAUGUGAAAUAAAAAGGAUGACAUGUUGUAAACCUG